AUGGCAUCUACCGCCGCCCCCCGCUGGGCCGCCCUCGCGCGCGACACCAACGAGACCAAGAUCCAGCUCGCCCUCAACAUUGACGGCGGCGCAUUCCCUCCCGACACCGACGCCCGCCUACUCAAGUCCGACGACUCCCACGCAUCGCAAAGCAGCAAGUCCCAGACCAUUGCCCUGAACACGGGCAUCGGCUUCCUCGACCACAUGCUGCACGCCCUGGCCAAGCAUGCCGGCUGGAGCCUGGCCAUCAACUGCCACGGCGAUUUGCACAUUGACGACCACCACACGGCCGAGGAUGUCUGCAUCGCGCUCGGCUCCGCAUACAAAAAAGCGCUCGGCACCCCCGUCGGCGUCGCCCGCUUCGGGUACGCCUACGCGCCCCUCGACGAGGCCCUCUCCCGCGCCGUCGUCGACCUCUCCAACCGCCCGUACGCCGUCAUCGACCUCGGCCUCAAGCGCGAGUUCCUCGGCAAGCUGAGCUGCGAGAUGGUCCCCCACUGCUUCGAGAGCUUCGCCCAGGCCGCGCACAUCACCCUCCACGUUCACUGCCUCCACGGCUUCAACGACCACCAUCGCGCCGAGAGCGCCUUCAAGGCCAUGGCCGUCGCCAUUCGCCAGGCUGCGUCGCACGUCAAGGGCAAGGAGGGCGAAGUGCCGAGUACCAAGGGUACUCUGAGCGCAUGA